AUGGAAGUGGAGGAGAUACAGGGGGAUCUGUUCGAGGGCGCGCAGCCCACAGAUGGCUUGGUACACUGCGUUUCUAAAGAUCUUCACAUGUCCAAGGGCAUCGCAGCGCGCUUUAGGGACGAAUUCAGGGGCGUGGACGAGCUGCGCAAGCAGAAUCGGAGUGUGGGGGAAGUGGCCGUGCUGGACAGGCCUCCUCGAGCGGGAGUGUUCUACCUCGUCACCAAGCUCAGGUUCUUCGACAAGCCGACGCUGGCGAGCUUGCAGGCGUCGCUGGAGGAUCUGCGCAGGGUGUGCGAGCAGCGGGGAGUUUGCGGCUUGAGCAUGCCAAGGAUUGGAUGCGGGUUGGACAAGUUGGGGUGGGAGGAUGUGAAGAAGCUGAUAUAUGUAGCGGUCAUUUGGAAUCGCAUUUCAUCACCGGUGAAGAGCGUCUUCUUGAAUUGCCGAUUGAAUGAUCGGCCACGACACCCACAAGAACAACAAGAAGAUCAAGACGAAGAACAGAUUCGGAUUCAGCUGCAUGCUGGGAGUGCAGAAGCGAGUAAGCAACGCUGA